UACAGUCGGCAAAACUUAAAUUGGUUUUUUGCUUAAUUUGUGUUGCUAUGGAAACCGACAAACGUAUGUUUGCCGCCCUGGUGCUUAUACAGACAGGCGGUUUUCAUAUCCUCGUGAUAGCUCUUAUUCUGUUUUCUGUGAAAGCUGAUCAAACCUAGACGUGAGAGCCGAAGGCAGUCCUUGUUCUAACGUCAGUCUAAUUGUCACAUUCAAUACUUGAAUCUGUUAACCACCUGACACCCUCAAUAGUAUUUUGAAUUUUCAGAGUGUGUAAUAUCAAGGCCCGUUUCAAGUUGCGCAGAUCGAAUACCAGACAUUGGAUUCAUACAAGACGUAUUUACAGUAUAAUUCACUGAGGGAAAGGUUGUUUUCGCAUCACUAAGUUAACCAUAAUCAUGGAAGGGAACUCUUCGGGGCUACAAUUUCAGAAAUAUUCAAUCCAAAGUGUAGAUAUUGUGUUUGCUGGGCUGUAUCUUCUCGUACAAGUAUUUGGUCUUACGGGAAACGCGCUAGUAAUUACUGUGGUGCGAAAAUCACGUUCAAUGUACACAACGACCAAUGUACUGCUUGUUAACCUGGCAGUUGCCGAUAUUUUAACACUUGUUACAUGUCCUAGAAAUGGAUACCUCUUGGCAAUUACUCUAGAUCAUCCCAAAGGACUUGGAGGUGAUAUUCUAUGCAAGUUUCUCACCGGUAACGCUAUUGUUGGGAUAUCAAUGACAGUCUCUAGUGUUACCCUUACUGUGCUAGCUUUAGAACGGUACAGAGCGCUUCUUCGCCCGCUAAAUCGCCACCUCGUUGUUUCAUUAGAAAACGUUCAAUAUGUUAUUUCUGGUAUAUGGAUUAUGUCUUUGAUUGUGAAUAUACCAGACUUUAUUGAAAAUAAGUACAGUGACCGUUUUGUUAAGUGCGUAUGUCCUUUUAGCCUUGAGGUCGUGAAGGAUUCUACAGUCCAUGUCGCGUGUACAGUGUUUUUCAUUGGAAUUGUGCCGUUUUUGGUCCUCGCCUUCUGCUAUACGCAAAUCCUCCGAGGAAUCUUCUUCACCAAGGAAAUAUGCUCCCAAACGAUGAAUUUCCAAGACCUGGAGAAUAAGAAGAGGCUGGCUCGUUUGCUACUUUCCGUGACCAUCGCAUUUUACAUAUGUUAUAUUCCCUAUGGGGCUUACUUCGUCUACUUGCUCAUUCAACAACGGAAAAUCAUAAUUCAAUACUAUGACACGCACUACUUAUUGCUCAAACUAUUUGAGUUUUUAUUGGUCUGUAGUUGUACUCUAAAUCCUAUUUUGUAUGCUUUUCAAAGCUCCAACUACAGAAAUGGAUUCAAGGAAGCUUGUUCUUGUUGCUGUACCCGGAAAAAGAUAAGACUUCGCACGUCAAUAGCUCUAGUUUCUACUAGACGAAUUGGGUGCGAAACUGGCGCAGAAAUUGUGUCAUUUCGGAAACAAACGAUGAAAAAGGGUGAAAUGAUGGAAAAGAAUAAGACGUUUAGCAACCUUUGAUUUAAUUACGAUGUGUAAAAUAUUAAAAUAUAUUGGAGAA